GCUGAUUUGAGCCGAAACCUAACUUUUCAUUCAUCCAAACAUCUGGUCAUGCUUUAAUAUGGUGGUAAUCACGAAUAGUCUUGCGAUCUCACCAAAGACGUCCGCUGUUAUAUCUAUAAAAGGUCACAUCUGUACUACUGGGGGAUUUGUAGGUUCUUCGGAGGACAAAAUUGCUAUUCCAACAUCCGAAAAAUUGUAUGUUUUGAGUUUUUCGCUCUCACUUCAUGAUGACCGUUUUAAGAUGGCCAUUGCUCGAGAAGUUGACUUUACUACUCGCUGUUCUUUAAGAGUUGAACUUGAUAGUGAGUGUAUUUCAAAAGGAUCUGGAGUCGACGAUGAAAUAAAAUUUUCACUCAAAGAAAAUGCAAACAGGUCUCUUCUCUUUACCGCUGAACAAAUAAAUCGAGACUCGUUGAAUCUUAGGAAUGGAGCUCGAUUAGUUGCCUGGAGUCCAAGAGGAGUUGAUAAGUAUGAAAGAUGUAUAAUGAGUCUGACGACAAUGGAGAACCGUUCAAUUUUGUGCACAUUUAAAGAAACUGAAUCUUGGGAAGAAUCAGUUGAUCUAUCAUUAAUUUGGCAGCAGUACUAUGUUCAACACGGUAGAAUCGCGCAGAGUCGAAAGUCGAUUGUUGAUAGUCGACCACAGUUUGUUUUUCAACCUACUGAAUGUGACAAUAUUUCACCAUUAAUAUGUAAAAAUAUUGUGGAUUAUUUUGAUGCCGUAGAAGAUGUUGUGGUUGUUUACACAAGUUGGUGUCAGAUAAUUCGACAGCCUCAAAUAAAAUCUACUAAUUCAAUGAAUUUGAAGACGGAAACUUACGUAGACAAUAACACUUCUUACUAUACAAUACCAGUUGACCCAAGUCAAUUUGCCACUGAAUCAUUUUCAUUAUGUCCAGUGACAUUUUUUGCAGUCCUAAUGAAAUCUGGUGCAUUCUGUAUAUGGAUGAUUUCAGUACCAUUUUCUGGAGUAUCAUCUAUGUCAUUGUUAUGGGUAGAUUAUACAUACGCUGUCGUGCGCAGCGAUUCAAUGGAUAAACGACCGAACUAUAUCAAACUUUAUGAUUUGGAUAGUGUCAAUCUCCUACUUGUUUUAGGUUUUACAGAUGGUUCAGUGAAAGGUUUAGUGUUUCCUAUUGAAUAUUCACCAACUGGUAUUCUUGUAUUAACGAUACCUUAUUUAUUCAAUCUAUGGACGACUCCGUUGUAUUAUGUAACCAUUUUAGCAUCAGCUUGGUCAAUGUCUCGUCGUUUAUUGUGUGUUGGUUACGGUCGUCAUUUGUUAUUAUUUCAUAUAGCUAAGGAAGAUGUUGCGAUUAAUUUUCAACAGCAAGAACAAUCAAAUAGUUUGCCAACACCAUGUCGUGGACGAGAUCCCUUAUAUUUGGUUAAGAGUCAAUUUGUUAGUCAACCAAAUCCUAUUCUAGGUUAUAUUACUGGUAUUCAUUUGGACAAUAAACAAAUAUUACUAACUAGUGUGGAUGGUUAUUUAAUGCGUGCCAGUCUUGAUGAAGUGUCUGAAUGUAAGUUGAAUUGGCAAAUUAUAUGGUGUAGUUCUAAUUAUGAAAAAUCUGAUCUAAUCCAUUGGGAAUUUCAUGGAUUAUCAGUUUCAACAAAUGGAGUUUAUGUUUGUUUUCUUGAAAAGCCAUGCAACUAUUUAGAUAAUAAUCGUGCACGACAUUGUGCUUUAUUUUCACCUAGGGUUCACUUUUUAUCAUUUUGGUCAAAUGAUAAUUUACUAGAAGUUAUAUUCAAUCCUGAAUUGCCUUUACAUCGUAAAAUUGAUUGUUUACAAGAAUUACUACAAAGAUGGCAUUUACCACAGGAUAAAAUUGAUAAUGAUACGAUAAAUUUAAAACAAAUAUGUUUGGAGAAAAUUGAUUUUUAUCAGACUUGUCUUACUGACUGUUCUUCAUUUCCGAAAAGUUGGUUGGAUAAGUCGCUUACAACAUUACAAAUUUACAGGUUUAUUCUAUGUAUGAUUAACAAAGACACCGAUGAAUCAAUCAAAUCCCGUGCACAACUCUGGUUAACUAAUUUAGAUCAGUUUAUUCAACAACGUCAUUUGGAACGGUGUUUUCGUUUAUUUCUUAAAUGCUCUAUACAAAGACAAGCACGAGAUUGUUUAUUAGUUUCACAAAUGGCUACAUUAACUUUAAAUAUUUUCCAACCAAUCAAAUCAUCAUCAUCAUCAUCACAAAGAUUAAUGAAUACCUCAAAGUCAUCUGUUGACAAUGACAAUGAUACCAAACAUAUGAUUACUAUGUCAAAUAAAACUAUAUGCUUUGUGAAAGAUUUAUAUGAUUUAGCUAAAAAUGUUCAUCAAUUAGCUGUACAAUUGUAUGUACAUCGUUUUAAAUUAUCACAUGAAACUAUUAAUAAUUCUUCAGAAAAAUGUCCUAUAUGCUUAGAAAGUAUUAUUCCAGAUCUUACUUAUUUGAAUUGUGCUCAAAACCAUCCUUUUAAACGUUGCAUGCAAUCGCUGGAACCGUGCAUUGAUCCAAUGUUUCGUCAUUGUAAUCAAUGCGAUCGUAUAGCCCUUAGCAUAUCUCCUCAAGAUCGUUCAUCUGUUUGGCGUUCAAAAAUUCUUCAUCCAAUGUGUACAUAUUGUGAUUUACCAUUGACAUGGAAAGAAUUUUAAAUUCCUUCAUUUUUACAUGAAUUUUCUAUUCUUUGCAUUUACCGACAGAAUCAUUGUAUUUUAUUUUCAUUAUUUUAUAUAAUGUGAAUGUACAUGGCAAAUUAGAUUAUUUUUUUAAAAAUUUGUUUUAAU